AAUCGAUUCCCAUGCGUUCCUAUACGCUGAAUCGGAAAUCGAUUCUUCUAAAUUUCAACAACAAAUUCCACGAGCGAGCGAGCACUCGGAGCUGUGUCGUCUGGAGGCAACCCGGUCUCCCCCGUGUGUCUUGUGUGUUCGUCGUCUUCUUGGUGGUGGUGCUGGUGGUGCUCCACAACACUUGCCCCCCACCUCCCACAACAAGUCUGGAAGAAGGUUCAUCGCCGAAACGUCACCUUUUUUUGCCAGAGGUGAUUCGUAAUGGCCGGCUUGGUGCUGUUCGCAUCCUCAUGGGUCGUGGGGCUCCUCGUCAUCAUCGGUCUCGUCCUGUUCGUCACACGGAGAAGCCGGCACCCAGGAGAGCCUCCUCUUGAUAAAGGCCUCAUCCCAUGGCUGGGUCAUGCCAUCGAGUGGAGAAACAUGUACACCUUCCUGCGGCGCAUGCAGCGCAAGCACGGAGACGUCUUCACGGUGUGCUUGGGCGGGGAGUACAUCACGUUCAUGCUGGACCCACACGACUGUGGCGGCGUGGCGCGCGAACCACGCUCCGCGCUUGACUUCAAAGCGUUUGCACGCCAGUUCGUCUUGAUCGUCUUUGGUGUAAACAUCAAAGUGGAGUACCCUAAGGUCACCAGCGCCCUCAACGUUAGGUCAUUCAAUGAAGGAAACGGUCGUGGGGGGUGCGGGGGGCACGGGGACGCUAAGUGGCAUGAAUCCGGUCUCUUUGACUUCUGCUAUGGCAUCGUGUUCAGGAACCGGGCGGGCCGGCAAGGCAGACCACACACUCCCUGGAGGUGUUCAAGGAGUUCCGCAAGUACGAUCAGCUGUUCCCCGCCAUCGCCACGUCCACGCUCUGGCCCGCGGAAGGAAGCAGACCGACUCAAGUCGUGGUUCUGGGAGCACUUGACGGUGGUCGCUGCUGCGGUGCGUGAGCACGUCAGCCCCUGGAUCUUGAGCCGCGACGAAAAGCUUGCCGAGCUGCAGGCCACAAAAGAGACCCGGGAUCGCACCUUGUUCAUGCUGCUCUGGGCCUCUCAGGGUAACACGGGCCCCGCGGCGUUCUGGACGAUGGCGUAUCUGAUGAAGCACGCGGACGCCAUGGCUGCCUGUGCGCGCCGAGGGCUGCAGCAGCUGCUGGAGGCGACGGGGCAGAGCGACGGCGCGGAGACGCGAGAGAUCUCGCUGACGCGCGACGUGCUCGUCAACACGCCGUUGCUUGGUACAGCGUGUAUUGAGGAGAUGCUGCGCCUUCGCUCGGCUCCCAUCCUCGUGCGUGCCGUCCAGCAGGACAUGACGCUGACAGGUUCCAGGCGCCAGCGGGCGGGCACCAAGGCUUCCGCGCGCGUGAUCGCCUCCGCCAUGUUCCCUCACCUGAGCCCCCACAUGGACCCCGAGGUCCACGCGGAUCCCGAGGUGGGGGAGGCUGCUUGUCCUUUUAAGUUCGAUCGCUUCCUGAACGAGGACGGCUCCAAGAAGACGGACUUCUUCAAGUCUGGGCGCAAGCUCCGGUAUCCCACAAUGCCCUGGGGUGCCGGUGUGUCCAUCUGUCCUGGGAGAUUCUUCGCUACCAACGAGACAAAACAGUUCAUUGUGCUGAGGCUGAUCCACUACGACGUCGAGUUCUCCGACCCCACCACUAAAGUGCCAGACAUCAACGUGUCGCGAUUCGGAUUUGGCGUCAUGCACCCAACGCACGAAAUUUCCUUCCGUUACCGUCCGCGCUUCUGAACAGCGGUCGACACUACCCUCCUUGCCUGGUCUCUAACCCUGCCCUGCUGCUCCUUCUCCCCUCUCCUGUGAAGAUGCUGUUUGUAUCUCAGACAUCUCUCAAAUUUGACGAGAAUGACUGUUUCAGUCGCUUGAAACUGUUCAGGUUGGCCAGAUAUCUAUACAUCUCUGUAUAGAUAUCUGCCAACCUGUAUAUGCUUGUUUCUGUGCUGCAUGACUGUAUCUCCACCUGUUUGUCUAACUGUCUUUUCGGCACCCCCCUUUGUGUCCAUCUACAGAGUUGUUUAUGUCCCUGUUCAUAUGUCUGCCCACCUGUGUAUUUAUUCAUAUAUACAUCCUUUCAUCAGUCUGUCAUGAUCAUACAUCAUCCCGACUGCUUUAGUUGAAUUCAAUGAC